CGUGCGCUGCACCAAGCGCCCCGUUCCUGGGAGUUGGACUCUGCCGCAGAGCGCCGCCGCGUCGCAGGGAAAGCCGAGCCUUCUCUACCCUCCGGAGUUUGAUCGAAGGGGCGCGAGUGAGGCAACAGCGCGCGCCGUCCCGGUCGGCACUUUCUCCGCGAAGGUCUCUCCUCUGCUCCUGCCGGUCGUCUCUCUUCGAAGCGUUUGUAAGCGGGCGUUACGAAAACACCAAAGCAACAAAAGGAAGCGACUGCAGAAGCGAAAGAGAAGCGUGUUGGUGGGGGGAGUCCCAGUAACGAACAAUAAAAAGGCCGGCGUAUCGCCUGUCUUAGAUCAUUCAGAAACAGAACCUCCGCUGCGAGAGGUCGUCCUUGUGCGGUGUUGACCGGGGGAACCAGACAUACCUCCAUCUCCUGCGACCUGAAGUAGCUCACUUUAGAGUUUCUGGAUUCAGUUUUGUCCUCGUCGAGCGCGGGCUCGUAGAGAGGAAAAAAAAAGAAGUUUUCGGGAGAGAAAGUCACCUACUGCCUGUCCGGUGUCGUCGGCGAAGUUAUUGUAUCGGUCGGGUAUUUCCGAGUGACGAUGCUGAUGAGGGCGACGCAGCACUUCAUCUUGUGGGGAGUGGUUCUCGUCGGACUGGCGCAGGGAGCCUACUUGAUCAACUUUUCACACGUGCUCAACAGGAACCUGGGGAACGUUAAGCGAGAAGUGGACACCGACCGGUGCCACCCGACGCAGCCGUUCCGGUGUCCAGCGUCCACCACCGUGUGCAUCUCCAUCCAAUACCUGUGCGACGGCGCGCCAGACUGCCCGGAUGGUUACGACGAGGACCCCAGGCUUUGCACGGCAGCGAAGCGACCCCCAGUGGAGGAGACUGCUAACUUCUUGCACACGUUGCUGAGCAACCACGGGCCCAACUACUUGGAGAAGCUCUUCGGACCCAAGGCUCGAGACGCUCUGGCACCUUUAGGCGGCGUGCAGAAAGUAGCCGUCGCACUGUCCGAGGGCGAGACGCUGGAAGACUUCGGCAAGGCAUUACACCUGAUGCGCUCCGACCUGGAGCACCUUCGCAGCGUCUUCAUGGCCGUCGAGAGCGGGGACAUCAGCCUGUUGCGUUCGCUCGGCAUCCGUGACUCGGAGCUGGCAGACGUCAAGUUUUUCCUCGACAAACUGGUCGCCACGGGGUUCAUGGAUUAGUGACCGCCCUCUUGCACAUGUUCCCUUCCUGCCCAAAUUACCUGUUCGGUCCUGCGCGGCAAAUCGAGGCCCCCCCCCCUGCCGUCUCUCAAACAUCCCUUUACCCUAAUCCUUCCCUUUCGCUUCAGUUUGUUUGUUGGGCUGGUACGUUACGUCGAUAACAUCCUGCUGUGACGGCGCGUCCGAAAGGAGGUGUGCGUACGAUGCAGUCUCUCUCGCUAUGACGUUCCUGUUCCUGUGGGUGAACAAAAAUGGCAUUGUCGGUUGUGUUUUCGAAGAAAAAGUGCUGUUAUGUGUGUAGCUCGGGAGAAACGCAAGUGGUGAUGAGCGUUUGGCGUAACAACCCGAAAUUGCCGUGCAGUAAUCAUAUUGUCAAUAAAAGCUGAAGAAGCGGAGCGCGAUGAGUUGACGCGUUCCACACCGGCUUGCCAACUACAUACAUCUGCUCUUUCGCGCUCAUUUCCUGCCUAGCUAUUCAUGCCAGCAUAGAUGCUCUGAAACUCGUUGAUCUGUGAACACCAUCAUAUUUUUUUUUUGAGUGAGACACUUAAAGUAGAAACCAAAGGACAGCCAGAGAAUGUGCAAGGCUGUUCAAAAUGCUUUCGAUGUGUUGAUGAAAGAAAGGAAGCUUGUAAAGUGUAGGCGAAAAGGUUGCUGAAAGCUGGCUCACGCUACGACCCAUGAGGACAGGUAGCCGCUCAUUAAGAACACAAAACAAGCAAUUGCUCGAUAUACCUAAAAAACAAUCUGCCCCAUCAGUGUUUAGUAUAUGUACUGGUCUAUAUCCGCUAAUACUUGCACCUCUUCGAUUCAUUUAAGGAAAAGGCGAUGGGAAUAGAAACCAGUAAUGCGUGCGACCAAAGGAAAAAAAGAAAAUUGCUUUCGAAGCUCUCGGGUAUAAAAAAGCAAUUCGGUCUGUAAUGUUUUGUUUUGGCGUACUCAUGUUGUAGCACUGAAAAGACAACGGAAGACGAUGCAAAACAACAAUUUCACUGCACCCAUACGCUUGGUGUUUGGACUUAAGGAGAAAGCUGUGAGUCAUCAGGACCAAAUCGCAACUCUUAACUACCCAACGCCAAGCGUACAACAGACACUUCUGCAACUCAUCACAGGCCCCUUUCAAGUGAAGACAGAACGUGAUAUCGUGCCGCAGAUAUUUAUGUAACCAUGACAAGAAUUUUUGAUGUGCCGGCAAGGAUUUAUCGCAAAAUAUGACAACCAUUUCUGCCGUGGCAUAAUGCUUUCUGCUGCGCUUUUGGACUUAUUGCCCGAAGAAAAAAUGUGCAGCUAAACAGAAUUGGAAUGUACGGGCCACCUGAAGGGCGAUGGUGUGAUUAUUCUGUACUUAACGCAUGAACGCCCCAUGAUAAUUUAUUGUGAGCUCGUCAGCUAAGUUAAGCAGAAAACAAAAUAUCUUGUCAGAAUUUUUAAAUGAUAAAGCAUGAUAUGAUUGCUAUUGUGCCGUGGCUACUGUUAAUGAGUGAAAAAGUUGAUUUAUGCUUGGCUGUCUUAUUAAAAUGGCUUGAAAGGAUGCUAAAUUACCGCUAAACAGCAAUUAGCUCCAUUACACUAGCGAUUUUUUCUGCUGGUACUAGGGCAAGGCUCUCUAAGCAAGUAACUAAGAACGCAAACCUGUUAGUGAACGGUAUAUAGAAGGCCCUGCCAAAGCAAUAAAAUGCUUGGUUGAUAUCAGCAGGUUUAGUUCAAACUAUGGAAAAAGAUAGGUCACAGUAAUUGCACUUAUAUUCAUCGUUUUAAACUAUAAUGACUUGUGAGUAUUAUGUACAUUUUCUUGGAUACUUUGGCGCCUUACAGUUUCCGUUUUGAUAUGAUAGACAACAAUAUUAGCAAGAGGUUAUGCUACACAGUCCUGGUAGAAAGAUCAGACACUACUUAAGCAGUUUUGAAAAUUAUAUAAAAUAUGCAAAGAAGAAUAAAUUUGCCUCGGACUUGCUGUUUAUCCCCACAGAGAAAUAUUUUGGUCUAUCAAGAAGACGAGGUAAUAUUUAUUUAUUGAGAAUGUUUGGCUAAAAUAACAGCAAGAACUCUUGCUGAUAAUCCACAUCCUUGUUUUUUAUAUAUUUUCUUGACUGAAAACAAGCAUUAUGUGCUGAAAGCAGGCGCGUGAUUUUCCAGUGUUGUUAGUCCUAUAAUAUUUUAGCGCAGUACCAUAAUGUUUAAAUAAUAUGCAUACAGAAAAUAGUGAUUUUCUGCAAUCUAGUCCCCCUUCAGUAUACCACAAAGCUACAACUUGAACACCACAUAGCAUCUGAAAAGAAAAACUGCGAAACACGAAAUUUUAGCGCGAGCUAAAAUACACUCUGGAGCAAUUAGUGAACAAGAACUUCUAUACGAAAUAUUCUACAUGACAAUUGAACAUAUUUUCGUAAAUCUAUUGGAACAAAAUACUUAAGGCUAUACAAUGCCAAUUCAGUGCUUUAAACAAUAGCUGAAAGUUGUUCUUUGGCUUAUUAUAUUAAGUUUUAGAACAAUUGAAUAUACAAAACACUUUUUUUUCUUCGCAGUCCAUCAAGUCUUCAAAUUAAUAUAAACAUUACAUUCCAGAUCUCCGACAAACGCUGUCUUGUUUUCUGUAUUACACAAUGAACCACAAAACCGUAUAAAGUUAUAAAAUAGAGCUGUUAAAUUGGUAGUGUUUUUUUUACGUAAGUGAAAUUAUGUGCUCAAAUACUAAAGUCAAUAAGGACACUGGUGAAAUGCAAUUAUUUUCCCAAGUUUACCCUAAGGUAUUGCGUGGGGAAACUGCGCAUGCACACUAAUAAAUUACUGAUUACUGAUCAGCUGCGGUUACCCUAUUCAAGGGCUUCAGGGUUCUCAGCUGGUGCUCAGUCUGUAUAUUUUUGUACAGCAAGUGAGGAAACCACCUAUAAACAUUAUUAAUCGAAAUGUUGCAUUCCGCUUCUAUGUGAUACUGUGUAUGGUGCAAGUACAGUUCUAUCAGAGAGGUUAUUUAUCAACAUUUGUUAAUGUUUAGAGGACUAAGAAGCUUGUCAAGCAUCGGGUGAUAAACGAAAGAUGUGUGGACGUAUUCCAACGCAUAUUUUCCUAAAUAUUCAUUGUUAUCUGAACAACAGUGCGCUUAUAAUGGUAAUGAGACGUUAAAUGAAUAAAUACGUAUCUAUAAAGCGAUGGUGAUGAAAACAAUCUUUGAAUAAAAUUUACUCGUAAUAUGUGCUUGAAACACUGUUCCUUCUGUCCUACGCUCGUUCUCGACCGUUUUUUUUUUCACGAGAGCGACCCACAAUAUAUCUUCUUGAAGCGACUUCUGCUGUUUAAUUUGCAUGUAAAGGUAAUUAGUUCAAUCUGCUUUUCAUUUGGUCAUUUCGUAUGGUCAUUUUGUGCCACAAAUCUAAGUGUAUCUGACGUUGUAUCCGGAGGCAUGGAAAUUGGUGUUCCUUACCAUUUUAAUACAUUUGAUAGCUAAGGCACAUUCUUAGAAAAUUGUCAGAACUAUUGCGUUUACAUUGUAGUCCGGUUUUUUUUUGUGAACCCCUGCGCUGCGAUCUUACAAGACGUAGCCAUCUCACCAGACUUCCUUUCAAACAUUUCUCCUGAAAAGAAGGACAAUCAACCCUACAAGACUUACAAGAUCCUUAUAGUCUUUCAGUAAUCAGGCUUUUUUACAUAUAAAUAUACUCAAGCGUUGAACACAAUCGCUACGUUUAGUGUGCUUGUGCGGCCUAUCCGAACUACUUGUUAUCUCACUUCGAGUGUAUUAAAAAAUGCAGAGACAAAUCAAGUUGUAGCUUUCUUAAUGAUUCAGUGAAUAUUAUCCGUGAAUUUCGCAAUGAACUAGCAGUGUUGCUAGCAGUGUAAAUGAGCAAAAGUAACGACGCUUGGCGCUGAGUAAACUACGAUUGGCAAUCCCAACGCGGGACGUGUGACGUACUGUUAAAUCAGAAGUUACUCUGUUAUUUCUCCGUAUAACUGUUACACUAUAUAAACAAUAUAGACUUCAUUAGAAUAUAUUCGUUGCCGUGGUCAUGGUAACCGCUUUUAUUUAGGCAAAUAUUUAUUCAUUUAGGCAAACUUCGAGGUUGUAUAGUUCAGUAGUAAACAUAUAUAACGCGUUUAGGGUCAGGUAUGAGUAGCGAUUUGUAGAACGUGUCUUUUAUAGAGGCAUACGAUGCAAACCGGUAAACCUGAUGAUUCUUCGUAACGCACAGUGAAUAUUCAAGCUGGAAAAGCGAAUAGCCAGAUCAGUUAUGAUACAUUUCCCGUAUUGUAUCAAAUAUAUUUAUUGAUGUUUUCAUUACGAAUAUAAUGCAAUACAGGACAGGAAUACCUAGUGAGAAAGUGCCGAGCAAAAUAAGAAAAUAAAACGUGAUGUGAUAAGUGGUUUUAGCGUCCAGGAGCGAGAGAAAGACAAGCUAUACAUGACGCCCAUUUAUAUUUGUUCAAGAUUUAAGCACCGGGAAACUAGAGAUUAGCAUCCGGCUCGUUUAUGAAAUUCUCGUUUCAGGUGAAAUAUGGUUUUCAAAUGAAAAAAAAAGAACCAUUCGUUUCUUUUUAAUUUAUCCAGUGUAUGCUGUGCCCUUAGACACCGAUUAAGUCGCCAAGACUUAUUACUUACCAGUUACAAUAUAGUUAGUGUUUGAGAGAGCCAAUUUAUCACUUUGGUUUCAAGGAUACGGAAUGCUACGCGCCCUCCAUUAUUGCGCUCCUUGUAGUAACGACUGUAGUUUAGCCCUCUCGGUCUAUGCUGCUAACCUACUCUGUAUUGCUGGCCUCGCCGCCUCACUACGCUACUGUCGCGGACAAUCACUCUCGCCCAAUGAGGAGGGGAUGAAAAUGGCGUCGCUAUGCGAACGCAAGGCAAUGGCGACGCCGACCCCUUUGGUGUUCGUGUGUAUGUGUUAUCUGUGUGUGGUGACGAUUUUGGUUUCGUCUGCUACUCCCCUUGACCCAUGCUUCCGGAUAUGACGUCACCGCCUGCGGAAGUUGCUUUCCAGUUGGCAUGUUGCAAGAAAACAAUUGGAGGAAGCAGUUUUGCCCGUGGCAUCGUGAUUGGCCGACUGCAAGUGCUGAAUGUGAACUUCGCAGAUAGCUGAACUUUCCGGUUGCAGUCCUCUGUCGUCUGUAAAUAGUGUGUGUUACAUUGCGUUGGCUUUGCCGCUAGUCCAGAGCACCCUGAACGUAGCUAAUAUAAUUCUAAAUUGUAAAUGUGUUUCAAGUAGGACUCGGGAAAAGUGAACUGUUCACUUUGAAGAACAUCAAAAUGAGAUUGCUAGGUAUAGAGCAUACCCUUGUUUGAUUAACGGCAGUGGAUGCUCAGCGAUAACAGUCGGUAAUCGCUGUUUAGUUCUAUUUAUAUAGUCUCCCUCAGUAAACGCCUUUAUUGUGCUUCCUUAGCGUGCACAUUAAUAAACAUUGUUAGUGACUGCAAAAACUAUACACGCUUGUAACAGAGUAAACAAAUGAACAUUGAUUUUGCUUAUUUGCAAACAUAAUAUAGUUACCACCACUCAUGCUGCACUCAAAUAUGCAACACUUACGUUGUUCCAAUGUCUUGUUUUCUUCUUAGAGGUCAUUUCAUAAAAAUAACUUGCCAAUCUACGCCAAACAGGCUUUAGUCCUCCUUUCGGUACUCAAACGCAAUUAUGGUUGACUAGUUCAUGAAUUUUAGGUUAGGCUUGAAAUGUAGUUCAUAAUGGCAUACAUUAGAUAAUUUUAGUUUUCUUAUUUAUUCUUUUAUCUUCAAUGUGCACCUCUGCUUGUGCAUUGAGGGUUCAUUCACAAAUAAAUGAAAAUAUGAUUACCUCUAAUAAAAAACUUUGGAUUCAGUUGUCAACUGUCAUAAUGAAAAGGUUUCAAGCUACCUGUAUUUGUUGUAACCCUGGCUAUUUUCAGUGUGAACAUGGAUUGGAUCACAGUGUGUUUGCUUGACGCAAUUGUGUCUUAUUGUCAAAACCUCAUAUGCUCUGUGCAUGUCCUUGCCUUGUUAAAAAAGAUCAACCGAUAAUCAAACGCAAACUAUGUGGACGAAGUAGCCCGUUCGAACACUUAAAAUUUCUGCGAGAACGCGUGAUGUGGGCAGGAGUAUGUAGUAGCAUGUAGCAGUACACAUGCUUGUGUGUUUUGUUUACGAAAACAAUGUCUUCAAAUAUGUGUUUGACUUCGAAAACGCGAAGACGCGGCAAAUUACAGGAAAUAAAGUGUCUCAUCAUGU